CCUGUCUGAGGAGGCAGUGGACAGAGCCCCUAUUGUUCCCAGCCCACUCCUGCUUAAUAUGGAAUUCGGAAUGAAACCAAUGAUUUCCUGACACUGGCGAUGCGUAGCCGCGUAGGGGCGAAUUUGGAGUUACAAGGGAAAUAAAGCGGAGACACAAACACUGUUCCGUUGUCGGACCAGGAGAAUGUAAAAUAUCGUAAUGCGAGUUGUAGGAGUUAUCGUGAGUUUUCAUGAAACUGCGGUCGAUGGCGAGGGAUUGUUUUGCAAGCGCGAGCUAGAGCGUGGGUCACCUACUUGACGGAUUUGCCUGCGCACCGUACGACACGCCAACUCGAGUGUUUAAACACUGGUCACACGAAGACUACCGUCUCAAAGACUGAGAUUUCUUGUCGACCGAGGACUUGGCCACCUGUGGAGAGUAUAGUUUCUGGACUUGUCCAACUAUCAUGCCUACGCUCAGCUCGAAAAGUAGGCAGAAUACAGUGGAAGCGGUCGAGGAAGGAGGCAGUAACAGAGAUCCUCUCGAUAUUGCGGCCAAAAAGAUGUUGAAAUGUGUUGUGGUCGGCGAUGGAGCUGUGGGCAAAACCUGUUUGCUGAUGAGUUACGCAAAUGAUGCUUUUCCCGAGGAAUAUGUACCGACUGUAUUCGAUCACUACGCAGUGAAUGUAACAGUAUCUGGGAGGCAGCACUUACUGGGAUUGUACGAUACUGCUGGACAAGAGGAUUACAACCAGCUGCGGCCCCUCUCCUACCCCAACACAGACGUCUUUCUCAUCUGCUUCUCUGUUGUGAAUCCAGCUUCCUAUCACAAUGUGCAGGAGGAAUGGGUGCCUGAGCUCAAAUCCUGCAUGCCUCAUGUGCCCUAUAUCCUCAUUGGAACACAGAUUGACUUGCGAGAUGACCCAAAGACACUAGCACGUCUGCUCCAGAUGAAGGAGAAGCCACUGACCUAUGAGCAAGGCCUCAAACUAGCCAGAGAGAUUGGAGCCCAGUGCUAUCUGGAGUGUUCAGCACUGACUCAGAAGGGACUAAAGACAGUAUUUGAUGAGGCCAUCCUGACAAUCUUCAGCCCAAAGAAACAAAAACGGUGCUGCACGGCCUGCAGGAGCUGUUGUGCUAUCGUGUGAGGAAAAUACAUCUCCAACUGUGAACGCCCACUCUCCCCCAAAGCUUUAGAGGAGUAACAGACCCUAAACUGCCUCCAGUCUGCUGUACAUCCUUCCUUUCUCCAUCCGCCUGUUGUCCCUCAGGACAAUGAGCGGUCUUGCCCUCGGUUUGUGUGUCACAUGGAGAGCUACACUGUCCAAAACAAGUGCCUUAAUUUCUCCCCAUGUUGCCUUACAGGAUUCGCUUCUCAAGCCAAAGAAGUCUCAGAUGGGACUGUGGUUACUUGAACCAAUGUGGCGUGAUGUCGCCAAUCUCCAAUCAAACAUUUCAGGUUCA